AAUAAAAACUCCAACUUUCUCUGCUCUUUCAGUCCCCAACUCUCCCCCAAGUUUUUUCCAUCCAAGUUCCAAUUCUAGAGAGAGACAGAGAGAUCGAGAGGGAGAGAGAGAUAUAGCUCAAGUUGAGCCAUUAUGCUUCUUGAUUAUCUUUUCUUGAAUGAAAUGAAAUAAAUGCAAACACGCCUAAACCUCUUCUUCCCGGAAGAAGAUGCCAUUUCAAGAACCACAAAAGCUUCCAUUUUUGUUUGAUGCUUUGUACUGUGAAGAAGAAGGAGAGCACUGGGGACAAGCAGACAGAGAUCCCAGCUGUUCCAUUGAAGAACAAGAAGAAGAAGAAGAAGAAUCUGUGGUUUUGCUGGAACAAGAUUUGUUGUGGGAAGAUGGUGAGCUGAGCUCUUUGUUGUCUAAGGAACAAGAAAAUGAGUUGUUUAAUGUGGUUCAGAAAAACCCAGAUUUGGCUAAGGCCAGAAGUGAGGCUGUGGAGUGGGUUCUUAAGGUCACCAGCCAUUACUCCUUCUCAGCCCAAACUGCCCUUCUUGCAGUCAACUAUCUUGACAGGCUCUUCUUCCUCAGCCUUGAGUCUCAGACUCAGAAGCCAUGGAUGAGUCAACUCGCUGCUGUGGCUUGUCUCUCUCUUGCUGCUAAAGUUGAAGAGACCUUUGUCCCUCUCCUCCUAGAUUUCCAAGUUGAGGAAUCGGAGUAUGUGUUUGAGGCGAAAACCAUCCAAAGAAUGGAGCUUUUAGUACUCUCGAAUCUUGAAUGGAAGAUGAACCCUGUGACUCCAUUCUCGUUUCUUGAUUACAUUGCAAGAAGGCUUGAGCUGAAGAGCCAUCUCUGUUGUGAAUUCCUUAGGAGAUGUGAGGGUGUUCUUCUCUCCAUCAUUUCUGAUUGCAGAUUCAUGUGUUACCUACCCUCUGUAAUGGCAUCUGCCACAAUGCUGCAUGUUAUUAGCAGGCUAGUGCCCACUGUUGGUGAAGAGUCCCAAGAACAACUAAUGGGCAUUCUUGGAAUUGACAAGGUGAAAGUGGAGGAAUGCCAGAAGCUAAUCAAGGAAGUAGCAUCAAGAAUCCAGUUUGAAUCAGCUUAUAAAAGGAAGUAUGGAGCAAUGCCAGGGAGCCCUAAAGGUGUGAUGGAAGUGUCAUUUAGCUCAUCAUCAUCAUCAUUAUCAUCAGACAGCUCCAAAGAUUCCUGGGCAGUGUCUGCUAAUGCUUCUUCAUCUUCUUCUACCUCUGCAACAUCCUCAGUUUCUUCAUCCCCAGAGCCAUUGUCCAAGAAGACAAGGAUGAUGUCUCCUCAAGAACAUCAAAACUCCCCCACCAUCACCCCUCAACAUAUUAUUAAUCAUUAAUCUUGUCCUUAAUAUUUCCUUAAUUUUAGACUAAAUAAUAGCUAGGCACCUCAUCUCAUCAGCUCCCUGUUCUUGUUUAUUUGUUGGUAACAUGUUAAAUUGCCCACCAUCUUUGCACAAUUUCAGUCAGUCCAAGCCCCUCUUCAAUGGUAGGGUGCUACAUUAUAUUAUAUUUAUGAUGGGGCAUGGAGAUUUGGACCCCCUCCUAGAGGUGGA